AUGUCUGAACGCAAAGUUCUUCAGAAAUACUACCCCCCCGGUUUCGACCCGAGGGACAUCGCCCGCCGUCGCGGUCCCAAGCAGAAGGGCCCCCGGAUCCAGACGGUCCGCCUCAUGGCACCAUUCUCGAUGCGCUGCAUGACGUGCGGCGAAUUCAUCUACAAGGGGCGCAAGUUCAACUCGAGAAAGGAAACCAACUUUGAGGAGAGAUACCUUGGCCUCCAAAUCUUUUUCUUCCACAUCAAGUGCACCAGAUGCAGCGCGGAAAUCACGUUUCGAACCGACCCCAAGAACAACGACUACGCCAUGGUCAAAGGCGCCGUGCGCAACAUGGAGCCUUGGAGGAACCGAGACACAAAGGAGGAGACGAUGGAGCAACGGCUAGAUCGCCUAGAGCGGGAGGAGGCGGAAGCGGCGGGCGAGGAAGAGAAGAACGCCAUGGCAGAUCUCGAGGCCAAGAAUGCCGAUGCGAGGCGCGAGAUGGCAGUGGCUGACGCGCUCGACGAGAUCCGGUAUAGAAACGCCAGAAUCAACCGGUCCGAAAAGGAGGGCGUGGACUACGCCGACCUUGUAGUGCGGGCGGAAGACGAGGAGCUUGCGCGGCAAGACAGGGAAGAUGAGGAGGCGGCGAGGCGGGCCUUUGCGGCUUUCAGUCUGGCUUACGACAUUGAAGUAGAUGAAGAGUCGGCAACAGGCAGCAGCAUGUCCGACGACCUGAUGACAGGCCGGCCCCCGACAAUCAUGGAAGAAUCCAUGUCGAGCAGCACGUCUUCGAUCGAGCCGGCCAUGGCAGCACCGGUUCCGACAUUCAAGCGGGUCGUCAAGAAGAAGAAGAAUCACUCUGCACUGCUUGGCAUCAAGAAGAAGCCUACCUUGGUCUAA